AUGACAACAACAGUUACUACAAUACAAACUGUUACAAGUGCAGUAAAUUAUUAUGGUCCAAUUCUUGUUUUAAGUUUUGGUAUUUUUGGUUGUAUUUGUAAUUUUAUUACUUUUACAGCAAUACAAUUACAUAAAAAUUCUUGUGCUUUCUAUUUUCUUUGUGCAACUAUAUUUGAUUUAUUAUCGAUUAUAUUUGGUGUUACGACUCGAUUUGCUAAUGAUCAUCUUGGUAGUACUCUAUUAAAUACAAAUCGAGUCUAUUGUAAACUUCGUGCUUAUUUAGUUUCGGCAAUUCCAUUAGUAUCUAUGUAUUUAGUUUUAUUAUCAUCCGUUGAUCGAUAUAUGUCAUCAUCAAUGAGUGUUCGUCUUCGUUCAUUUAGUCAAAUGAAAAUAGCUUAUCGUGCAAUAAUAAUAGCUAUUGUCAUUAGUUUUUUAUCAUGUUCUCAUAUUCUUGUUUCAUAUGAUCUUCGACCAAUAUGUGCAACUAGACCAGGUUCUUAUGCUAUGUUCGAUAGUAUGUUUGUUAUAUUUUGGUUGGGUGUAAUUCCUCAUAUAUCAAUGUUAAUAUUUGGUUUUUUGACUAUCAUGAAUAUUCGACGAACAAAACGACGAAUAAGAGUUCAAUUACAAACAAUAAAUCUCACGAUUUAUCAUCAAACUCAAUAUUUUGAAAGAAAAAAAGAUAAACAAUUGAUUAUAAUGAUGCUUUGUCAAGUAGGAUUAAGUUCAUUAUUAAUAAUGACUCGUAUGAUUUCUUAUGCUUAUUACAUUUUGAAACCAAGAGCUACUGGAUAUGAAGGAUUAGUAGAUACAUUUUUGAUGUCAUUUACAAUUAUACUUUAUUAUGCUAAUUUUGCAAAAUCAUUUUAUAUUUAUACAUUAUCAAGUCAUUUAUUUCGUUCAAUAUUUAUGUAUAGAAUAAAAGUAGGUAUUCAAACAAUUCUUUGUCAAUAUAGAUGA